GCUCUUGUGCACGUGGCAGGGAUGCGCCCCCUUCCUCCCCGUGCCGCUGAAGGUGCCUGUCGAUACAAUCUUUAAUGCCUUCUAAGUAACGCCCCCGCUUCCUCGGGAUGGUUGCGGGAUCGCCCUCAGUAAUAACACCCCAUUUACUUUGGGCUGCAGCAUCUUCGGCUCUCUCAUGCUUUCACAGAUAAACCACUGCCAGCUGAGGUGGUAGAGUAGGGGUGGAGUUUAUCUGAGAAAACUAUCAACGAUGAACUUUUUUUUCAAAGGGAGCUUAACUUUUCUCUUCGACUUUUGCCAUGAGGUAAACAGCUUGAGAGCGCGAGGGAAUGGAUCAGAGAGUUACACAUCUAGACCUGGGCACUCAAGUUCCUACUUAGAACCACAGGGUGAGCUAGAAAGGAGCAAAAGCAAAGGACUUCUUUUGAGUGGGGGUUAAAGAAUCAUCAUGAGGCAAACGGUGGCCUAGUGAACAUUAAAAAGCAUUGAUCAGCACUCAAGGAGAACUAGUUUCCUUAGCUGAAAUAGUUAAUCUAUUGCAGAUUGCAUACAAUAAAGGACAGAAGUAGCAGUUCUUUAUAAAUUAUUGACCAGGUACAAAGGAUCCUGCAAUAUUUUACAUCAAUAAUGCACAUCUGGGGGCGGGGAUAGACCUGUUUCGGGGGCGGGGGUAGAGCACAUUGAUAAAGUUUUGAUGGGGGAUUUGAAGGUAGCACAUGGAAGAGUGAACUAGAAUUUAGUCUGAUUGACCACUUUAUCCCCCACUUAAGUUUUAUUAAUAUGUUAAAACUCCCAGCUGGAACCUUAGCAAAGCUUGCCUUUUUAAAAGCACAUUCUGAUGCAGAUGGCAUAAGAACAAGAUUCUCCCUCUUUCUUCCAACCCCCUGCCCCCAUUCAAUUCCCAGCCCCGCUGCUGGGAACAUAAGAACUGCUAGUUGUAGGGCUCACAAAUGACAGGCAUAGCACCAAUUGUCAUUAUUUUGUUCAGUUGCAUCCUGGGAUUGAAAAAAGUGACAAAAUAGAUAUUUCUUACAUUACCAGGGUUCUGAGAUGUAUUCCACUCUUGCUCUGUGUGCCUGCACCACAUACAUCCAAGAUUGGGCUCUUGGGCAGCACGGCCCAAGGGCCCAUCCUUGCACUUUGAGUACCCUCUCCCUUUUCUCUCCCCAGGGUGUAAAAGGGUGGGGCAGAGCUAAUCAUCUCUCAGUACCUUUCCCAAUACACAAUCCAGCUCUUAAAGGACUCUAUAGUAGUAGGGAGGAGGGCGGAUCAUGGCAUACAUAUGGACAACACAGCUCAAAGAACAACAGUUAUUGUAAGAAUUUGAAUGGUCACAGCCCUCCAAGGGAAGAUCUUCAGUUGUAUUCUGGACCUCACAGGGCAUUCCUGGGGAUUGCAGUCAUGACACCUGUGAUGCUGGCAAACCAGGUGCUAGCUCAGGCUUGUGAUUUAAAUCCUGAAAUGUCCUGGUUGUCUGGAUGUGAUGGGAGUAGACUGAACUACAGCCUCAUUAAAGGAAGAGGAAGAUACAGCAGCUGGAGCAGAUCAGACGGAAGAUGUGUUCCUUAUCAGAGGAGCAAUGAGGAGUCUUACCCCCUCAGAAGAGUUUGGGAGCAGGAACCACCGCUGAGUGAAGAGGAGGCAGGAACUGAGAGCUGGUGGUAGCCAGGGCACUUUUGGAAGAAGAUUAUUCUGAUGUGGAUGGGUCUUGUUUGCUCAGCUCAGAGGCAGGUCUCAUUGAUUUGUCUAAGAGAAGUCAAUUUUAAGUGAGCUUCUGUCACUUUGAGUUCAUUUUGAAAUACCCUUCACCUAAACAACGUUUGGAGUGAUGCUCACUGAGGGAAUGGCUGUCUUGCAGGAGGGAAUUUAAAGCCAGGGGUUUUUUGUUCCGCAUGGAGACUGAACACCUGGUACUAGGUAACAGGAAAUGAACCAAAGGGUUACCCCAGAGGAAAAAUAAUACAAGAAAACCUACAGAUUUAAUAAAAA